AUGAACCGCCCUUCACUAGUGAGCUCGUUCUUCCGAGUGAACGAAUGUUUUCGGUUGUCCUUAUAUCACCCCGCGACCCUAACGGCUCUGCGUAAUCCAUUCCGCCAAUACCAUGUGUCUCCGCACAACUACAUUCGGAGCUGUCAGAUCGGCUGCGUGCGCAACAACAUAGCACACGUCCACCGCACCCCAACAAGACUCACUCGCCUUCUUCCCAGCAGCGCCCGCCAUUUGAACCAACGCACGACCAGUGGUCACAACAGCAAACCAAAUCGAGCAAUAAUCCUCCCCGUUCACCCUUCGGAAGAACCUCCCUCGCCGGUUAUCGAUCGCCCUGUACCAAACAAAUCAAGAGGCGGGUGGGGCUGGUUGCAAUUCUUCUUGUUCUGCUCCAUCGUUGUAACAGUUCAAGCAGCACUUCAGUUGAAAACUGUGCAAGCUGAGCAGGUCGCUGAAUUAGCUGCGUAUGCUGCUGCGUAUGCUGAGUCCACGACAGAGGUUGCCUUGAAAAUUCGAGAAAGGCAUAGAUUGUUGCGCGUCGUGGCAUGGUGGAAAUGUUACGAUUGCGGCACGAUGAACAAGUUCGAACCUUGUCCGUGUCCGGAAUGCGCCCGUAAUUUAAAGCGAGAUCAUUACGGAUGUACGCAGUGUGGAGGCGAUCGCCCGGUCAUCCAUGAGGGUUAUCAUGACCAUGAAUCCAACGACCGGACUCAAGCAGAUGAGGAGUGA